GCGCGUGGCAGCGUCAGUGCGCGAUUGUCCACCUUCUUCCACCUAGCAGCAUGUUCAAGCCCACAGACGACGGCCGAGACGACGCGGUCAUCGACAGCAUCCCCGAGACGCGCAACCUCAUGCAGGACAAGCUGCGGAAGGCCUUUGCGGAAGGCCUCGGGACCAUGAUCCUCGUCCUCAUCGGCGACGGCGUCGUCGCGCAGACCGUCAUCUCGCAGCAGAUGGAGAUCCGCAACGCCCAGCUCACGAGCAACCCGCUCGAUGCAACAGCCUUCGCUGGCGACUGGAUGUCCAUCUCGAUCGGCUUUGGCAUCGCGCUCAUGCUCGGCAUCUACGUUUCGGGCGGCGUCUCGGGCGGCCACCUCAACCCCGCCGUGUCCAUCACGAUGGCCGUCUUCAAGCGCCUCGACUGGGCGUACGUGCCUUAUUACAUUGGUGGCCAAACCCUGGGCGCGUUCAUCGGCGCCAUGUUCGUCUACCUCGCGUACCGCCCCGCGCUCCUCUACCUCGACAUUUGGGACCAGACAACGGCCGGUAUCUUUGCGACGUACCCGAAAGCGCACAUGACACUCACGGAAGGCUUCAUCGACGAGAUCGUUGGCUCGUUUCUCCUCCUUCUCGGCAUCUUUGCCAUCACCGACAAGCGCAACAACCCUGCCGACGUCGGGAGCCGCCCCGCGAUCAUUGGCCUGCUCUUGACGGGCAUCGCCAUGUCGUUCGGCUACAACACGGGUUUUGCGCUCAACCCCGCAAGAGACUUUGGCCCGCGCUUCUUCACGCUCAUGGCGGGCUGGGGCGGCGACGUCUUUGUCUACGGCAACGGGUACUUUUGGGUCCCGAUGUUUGCGCCCGUCUUUGGCGGCCUCGCUGGCGCGUUCGUCUACGCCAACUGCAUCGAGCGCUUCCACCCGCAGUACGUCCCCGGCAUGCGACCGAGCUCGUCGACCAUCGACGACGAAGCCUAGUCUCCUUAGC